AUGUCGUGGUUCAACGCUGGUGUGGGAAUUGGUCUUGGUGUCUGUGUAGGUUUUUGGCAUUGGGGUUGGCCUGCUGGUUCGCACCUAUCAAUCAACCACCAGAAACUUCAGAAGGAGGAUUAUCUAGUUUCAUUCAAAUUGCCUACUCUCUCUCUCUCCCUCUAG